CGCCCGGGGGCCUUCCGCGCGCCAGGGCGGGCGCCCGCGGGCCCAGGGCGCGGACCUCCCGGGGGGGGCCCCAGUGGGCCCGGGAUGAAGGACGGCGCCGACCACCACGCAGUCGGGCCCCUGCCGGUCCCGAGCUUCACUCGGCGCCGCCAGCUGCGCCACUGGGUGCUCCAGCGUGCGCUCGGCGUCAAGGUCCGACGGGCGGCCCGCCAGCCGGAGAUCAAUCUGCCCGCGGGUCUCUUGGCGGGCGGGCCGGUCGAGCUGACGCCGGCGGGCCACCUCCCGGCGGACGUCGCCCGCGCUGUCGCGGCGGCGGCAGACCAGGGCUCCGCGCGCGGCUCGUACGUCCCCCCGCAGGACCGAGGUCGCCGGCCCGCCGGCCCCGAGGCCGACCGCGAGGCCGACGCGGGCCUCGGUCGCGAGGCCUGCCCGGUCGCCGCGGAGGCCGCCGCGGGCCUCGACCGCGAGGCCGGCUCGUUCGCCGCGGAGGUCCCGGACCCCGCCGUCGCCUCGGCGCUUCCGGUACGCGGCCGCCCUCAGCAGGCUCGACGAGAUGGGCUACGGCGACAGCCUGUCGCUGAGGAAAGCGCUCACCGCCAACGAGGGCAACAUCGACGCCGUGCUCCACGAGCUUUACGGCUAGGCGAGGCCGCGGAGCCAGUAGCUAGAGUAGCUCGUUUGCAUGCAGUUUGACUGAGACGCCCCUCUCCGCCUCCUCUCCAGCGCUCGGCGGAUGUCUGUGUCCCUGCUCCCACCACCUCUCUCUGCUCGUGCUUUGUGGGCGGCCGUCUGGACGGCCACGCCCCGCCUGCAUUGUGCAUCGAAUUAGCUGAUUUGGACGGCAGGCGAAUUGGCCGACAGGCUUGUGCAGAGCACUCCCCCGGGCGUGCGGCGGUUCGGUGGCAAA